AUGGCUCGCGGAAAUCAGCGUGACAAGGCGCGGGAGAAGAACUUGAAGGAGCAGGCUGGGAAGAAAAACAAGAAUCAGCAAUCCGGCACCGAGUUCCAGCGGACGAAGGAGGACCAAGCUGCUAUCAUGCGUGCUAAGCAGGCCGCAGCCGAAGCCAAGAGGGCCGCAGAAGGCGCCACCAAGAAGUAA